UUAAAGGCCAUAUUUAAAAGGAUUCACGAACAAAAUGGUAUUAAAGAAAAAUAUAGCACCGACACAGACACAAGUACCCCCCCUUUUAAAACCCUACGUGAACAUUGGUGGAGCGCUAACCGCGACCAAAUAUGGAAAGCAAUGACAAAAUGUAGUGGCAACAUAUGUAGUGAUGGUACCACACCACUUGAUGACUAUGUACCACAAACGUUACGUUGGCAAACCGAGUGGAGUCACCAAUUUUGUGUCGAACGUAAAACACUAGCAGACGACGUGGUACAAAAGUGUGACGAAUGCAAAAAAGCAUCAGAUACAUACCAUAGUAAAAACACUAUAGAUAAAAGUGGUACAGGUGGUAGUACAACUUAUAGUGGUACCGAUGGUAAAGACUGUAACAAAACAAAUGGUGGCAACAAUAGUAGUGAUCCCGAAUGUGGUGAGUGUAAUAAAGCGUGCAAGGAAUGCAAAACUGCAUGUACUGCAUACACACAAUUUGUGUCUGGCCAAAGUGGUACCACAAAUGAUUGGCGACAACAAUGGCAACAAAUGGAAAACAAAUAUAGGGAUUUAAUGGAAGAGGCCAAAACAAAACUAGAACAACAUCAUAAAGACCAACAGAAACAACCAAAAAGUUCCAGUACUGAAAAUAUUCCUCCAUAUAUGACUCCAUGUGGUAACAAUAGUG